AUGGCAAUGAUCAAGACCCUGUCUCAGUUCACUGCCAACCAGAACUAUUUCAGUGGCUCGAUUCCUCGUGGAAUUACUACUCAUGUGAGUGUUUUGGACCUCAGCUAUAAUAGUCUCACCGGGGAGAUCCCAUCAGACCUCCUGUCGCCGCCGAAUUUAGAGUUUGUGGAUCUCUCCAGCAAUCUCCUUGAAGGACCCAUAUCUGGGAAUUGGUCACAAAGGCUCUAUCGUCUGCAACUUGGCGGUAACAAACUCAAUGGAAGCAUUCCAUCAACAAUUGGGAAGCUUUCCAAUUUGACAUAUCUAGAGUUGAAUGACAAUGUAUUGGGUGGAGAGAUUUCAUCUGGGCUGGGGAAUUGUACAAAACUGAUGCUGUUGGAUCUAUCUUCCAAUCAGUUUCAAGGGAAUUUGACAAAGGCAUUGGGUUACCUUGAACAACUAGUGGUCUUGAAGCUUCAAGACAACCAACUUAGUGGAGAAAUACCCGAUGAACUCCUGAAGUUUCGGAAUUUGAGCACUCUUGAUCUCAGCCAGAACUUGCUCACUGGUGAGAUACCUCCAGCAGUUUUCAACUUAAACAAGCUUUCAGUUCUGAAUUUACGAAGCAACAGAUUCUAUGGUGCAAUACCUGAUAGCAUCAGUAGCUUCGAGAAUCUGAUACAACUGCAGUUGGCAAACAACAAACUGAAUGGAACACUACCAAGCAUGCCAACGAGCUUGAGGAUAGCUCUGAAUCUCAGUAGCAACCUCUUCAGUGGAUCCAUACCUCCAUAUCUCGGUGCUUUAUCUCAGUUGGAGAUUCUCGACCUCUCAAACAAUCAUUUUAGUGGUGAAAUUCCAACCUCUCUUACUACAAUUCAAAGCCUGAUAGAAUUGGAUCUCUCUGAUAAUCAGCUUUCUGGAGUGCUUCCAAAUUUUCCUACAUUUGUCAAAGUCAUAACCACUGGAAAUAAGGAUCUCAUCAUCCCAAUUUCAAGCUCUAACACCAGUACAUAUUCAACUAACACUGAAACUAAGAUAAAAAUUUCUGACGUCCUUGUUAUGAUUGUGGCUUUUGUUGGAGGCUUCACUGUUUCAGUCUCAGCGGGUGCAGUUAUCCAAUAG